AUGUUUGGACCGGCCCUGACGCUACCUCUUCUUCUUCAUCUUCUUCCCCAAGACAUUCUCUUCGAGAUCCUCUCCAAGCUCCCUGCUAAAUUGCUAGUACGAUUCAGGUGCGUUUCUAAACUCUUUUACGCUCUCAUAGCUGAUCAUGGCUUUGGUGCUCUUCAUCGCAGCUCGUCCCUGACACUUCCCAGUAGGGCGGGCAUCCUCAUCGCUAUAAAGCCGCACUCCUCCGGUUCCUCCCGUGCGUUUUACACCAUAAAUUUCAGCGAACAAAACCCCCAGUGGCCGGGAAUGCUCCAAGCCAACCGUCUCGGCUACUUGGACGCUGAACCAUUUCUGAAAUGCUGUCUACACUCCUCCUCGGACGGCCUGAUUUGUCUGUCCAGACUCAAUGGAGACGUAGUUGUUUGCAACGUUAGUACGGGACAGCGUAUUUCCCUUCCAACAAUCCAAUUCCCUUCAGCCUGUGCACUGUUGGGGUUCGAUUCACAAUCUAAAAGAUACAAGAUUUUGAUGAUCGAUUGGAGGAUGAGCAGCUUCGGGUAUAAGCAUUGGGUUUUGACUGUAGGAGUGGAUAAAUCAUGGAGGGAGAUCAACUACUCUUCCCACCCCAUUGUUCACCCCAUUGCUGGCUAUGGCUGCCCUAGCUAUUCCAAUACUAGUGUCUACAUUGGUGGUGUUAUCUAUUCCUAUAAUUGGCUGACUAAAUCUGACCUUCCAAACUUCAACAUCGUAGCAUUUGAAGUUGGGUCUGAGAGUUUUUCUUUGAUACCAUUUCCAGCUGAAGUUUCAUCAUCAUCGCGGCAUUAUUCAGUUUAUUCUUCAGCUUCAUUUACAAAAGAAUUUCACGUUCUCAGAAAUGUUGAAUUGCUACAAGUUGAUGGAGGUCGACUGGCUAUUGUUGUUGUUCGCCGGAUAGACCGCCAAUUCUACAUGGAUGUUUGGACUUGGCUGAAAUCUAAAGAAUGUUGGGAGAAGACUAUUAUGACCAUUCCAUUAGAAGAGAUUAGAACAAUCUAUGCAGCUACAUACUUGCGCUAUACUACGAAUCAUGUUGGGGAGAUUGUGUCAUUAUGUAUAAAUAGUAAACAAAAACGAUUUUCCAUUUUGGUUUGUAACUUGAAAAGUGAGGUUUGGAGGCAAUUUGAUGUGGGUGGAGUUGAGCGAUUUCCAAAUCUUUGCCCUACGGAUGUUAGAAUGUACGGGACUAUGGACAAUGUGUUUUCUUUGGAGCAGUAA